AUGGCUGCACAACAACAAGAACUAGAUGAGAAGAACCCAUUCUAUGAGUUAGUUGUUAUUUGUUCGACUUCUGGUCAAUUUGACCAAACCGUAAAUUCGUUCAAAGAUAUUAUAAAGAAGUCUAAGUUAGUAUGUAUAAAGGAUACUGAGUUGUUAGAUUGGAUAAAGAAGUACCAAAGAAGGGUUUUGAAGUACAAUGCUAUAAAUGAGUAUAUAAAUUCGAAGUUUAAAGACCCAAAUGAGGAAAUGCAGAGAAUAUUAGAGAAGAAACACUUCAGAAACAAACAGAAAGAGAUAGAAUACAUUUCGAAGAAAUUGCAAUCUUACGAUUGGAAGACUUACCCUCACAGAUGUCUUCUUAUCUUAGAUGAUUUCGCCUCUCAUCCUUUGUUAAAGAAUAGAGAACAAGAUAUGUGUCGAAUUCUUAAGAAGCUCAGACACUUUAACAUUUCAGUUGUCAUUUGUGUACAGACAGCCAAGAGUUUAAGUAGGGAUGUAAAGAGAAUACUUACUGACAUUGUACUUUUCCCCGGAUUGUCCGAAGACGAUUUCAUGGAACUUAUGAAAGAGUCCAUGGCAGGUAAGUUUGACAGACAUGAACUAUGGGAGAAGUACAAAGUCAUACAAGACCCUCAUACUUCUUUCAGAAUUCACAUCUACGCAAACAAAGUUCAAAUUGUAAAAAGUCAAGCGUAA